AGAGAGAGAGAGAGAGAGAGAGAGAGAGAGAGAGAGAGAGAGAGAGAGAGAGAGAGAGAGAGAGAGAGAGAGAGCUGAAAGUGCUGAAGUUUCAAACCACGGGACUGUACACCUGGAAAGUACGAGACAGACAACAGAAAGGAAAACAGUGUGCAGCGAAUUCGUUACUGUGUUUGCAUAAUUAUAUUAGCUGUUUAAUUCCAGAGGAAUGCUGCGGUUUUAGUUGCAGGACGUGCAUAACAACUCUGGGAAGUGUUUGUUUCCCAUUUUAACAACAACAACAAAACGUAAAAUCAAUUAUUGAUCCAAAAAGAUAACAUGGCGACCGGAGGCUUCAGAGCACCAAAUACAGCAACGGAUUUUCUGGAAGAAUGGAAGGCUAAACGAGAGAAGAUGAGGGCUAAAAUGCUUGGGGAGCUUGCUGUUUCUGGCAGCAGUACUGGAAGUGGUAGCAACACGGUGGCAACAACUUCUUCAGUGGUCGCUGCAAGAAAGAAUAACAACGAAACUGUCAGCAGGAGAGUAGUUGGGGCAAGUUCAUCAAGCAGUGAAUUAAACAACAAUGGUAACCCUGAUCGCGGAGUUUCCUCUACUUUUAAUUGUGUGUCGGUUUCUUCUCAAUCAAUGGUCCGAUCGCCGUCCUCCUCGGCUCUCCGGAAGAUCGAGGAUGACCCACAGCAAGCGCCCGCCGGUCGGGGAGCCGACCCCGCGGGAGGUAACCUAGCAAAGAAGGUACAAUCCCAACCGGAGAAACUCCCCGGGACCCCACAGGCUGAAGUCACCGGGAAUGUCUGCAGCGAGAGCGACAAAGAAAGCACCCCUUCCCCUGCAGCGAGCUCUAAAGGCAAGGAAAAGAGCAAGAGCUCUGGCCCAAGUGCCAGGAAAGGAAAGGGGCAGAUCGAUAAAAGAAAACUAAGAGAGAAGCGAAGAUCGACAGGUGUUGUCAACAUACCUUGUGAGAGUCCAGAUGAGUUUGAUGAUGACAAUUCAGAGCAGAAGGAACGGACGAGGGAAAACACGCUCACACAGCAGAAUACUGUGCAGAACGAAGUGCUGGCCUCCGAUCCCAGUCCUGCUCAUCUGUUACAGGACACACCUAGAGCUGUGACAAGCAAGUAUAAAAGCUCUGCGGCUCCUGUUCCAGAUGACGAGGUCCCUGGAAACUCUAAGUACUCUGCCAGGACUGACCGGACAGGGCACACCCGGCAUAACCGGGAACAGAACCCAUCGGGCACGGUGCCUGCCAGAGGCCUGGAGAAGAUCAUCGAAGAACUUGAAAGGGAACUUGCCAAGGAGAGACAGGAAAGUGCACAGCUAUUGAAAGCUCACCAGGAUAAAGACGAACUCAUUGGGAAGCUCAAGGAAGAAAUUGACCUCCUGAACAGGGACCUUGAUGACAUAGAGGAUGAAAAUGAGCAGCUCAAGCAUGAGAACAAGACCCUUCUGAAGGUGGUAGGGCAGCUGACCAGGUAGAAUUGGGUCACUGCUGGAAGAAACAGAAAAACAACUACAAAAAAAACUAUAAAAUUGCAUAUUUUAUGGAAUGCAUGGAGAAAAUAUUUAAGGAAGUCAGCAGCUUGUUUGUCUGUCUAUCAUGAAACUGGCUGAAGUGAAGGUCUCUUAUAAAAGUGGCAGAAGUGCUACAGUUCAUUCAUGAUUAAACAUGUGUUUAUAGAUUCCCCAGUGGCUUGCCUACUGUAGUGAAAGUGCUAUCGCAUGGAAUGCAGGGUUGAGCCGUGCGAUCGAAAGCAUGCAGGUUCAAGUCUCGACUGCAGCAAGCUGACAAUCUUGAAAUACAAAAAGUAAAUUCAAUGACGAACGUUUUGACUAGAAGUCUUUCUCGAUGGCUUUAUUGUUGAAACAACAUUAAAGACUUUGAGAGACUUCUAGCUGAAAUGUUUGUGAUCUGAAUUUAUUUAACUUCUUUUAGUAUUUCUAAAUGUAGUCCUAUUGGGUGUUUUUAAUAGUUUUAUGUACAGUUCUUUGAGCUCUUCUGUGAAAUAGACAAUCUCAUAAAUACAGCAUAGCCAACAUCCCAGCAUGUUUAUAGGGGGAACACUAAUUACCAUUCAUGAUUUGUGUUUCCUACAAAUCAGGUAGAUUUUUUUAUUUUUUUUAUUUAGUUCAUAUAAAAGUUUAGCAAAUUUUAUUGGAAAGCAAAUUCUGAAAUGAGAUGAGCUUGGAAUGAAUUGACUUUGAUCUGUUAAGAAGCAAUAAAGCUUUCGUGGAUACAGUGUGUUAACAGGAGCACACAGCUGUUGAUUUGUUUUACCUUGCAUCAAACAUGUUGGGACUUAAAAAAAAUAAAAAGGGGAAAUAAACUUGUUAAGCAGUAAUUGCCAAAUUCGUCUGGUUUAGUGGGGUCUACCUGUACUUUUGGGUAGAAACAUAUUUAAUGUAAAUGUAUUGUACAUAGGUCCAUAGAUUUGGUAUUUGAAGAACUAUAAAUUAAUUAAUGUAUUUAAGAGGCCUUUUGUACCGAACACUACAAAUCUUUGGUUCAUGAUUAUAUAGAUGAAAAAGGGGCCAUAUGUUGACGAUUGAAUAUCUGGAAUUGUUUCUGACUAUUAUGAACUGAGGUGAAGAGUCAGUUUGUUUACACUGUGUCUACAUCAUGAUCAAGUACCAGACAAGUAAAAUAAAUAGUUAAGCAGAUGAGCAUAUCCUAGUUCCAGUUAAACCAAGCCGAAACACUUUGGAUCUUACAUUUGUUGAAGUAUUCUUUGUAGAUAGUGAUCAGUUAAAAAUAAAUAAAGCCUGGUGCUUUUUUUUUCAUUGUGUUGAUCAUUCAAAUCCUGGUGUGAAAAAGUAAAUAUUUAAACAAACAACAGUACAAGCAGUAAAUGUUAAAAUGAUUUCCCACAAACAUUUCUGUUAAUAUAUGCAGGCUUAUACUUUAAGGUAAUGUAAAUAACCUAGCAAGCUUUUCAUGACCCAGAUAUGAUAUAUGAUCACUUUUAAUAUUUAAUCUGAAACAAACCUAUUUUGAACUAGAAGAUUAAACACAGAAAUGUGUUUUUUUUGUUUUUUUUAUGGGCGGUGGGAAUUAUGAGUGGAAUGUUUAUUUUUAUUUUGCAAUUCAUUUCAUGGUAGUUUAUCUUUGUCAGAGUCGGGUGUAUAUUGUUUUAUGAAAUGCAUUAUUUGGGCUGCAUAAGUUUGGGAUUUUCGGUAGAACUCAAUAGAUCUUUUUAUCUGUAUUAAAAAGCCUUAAAUAUAUAGUAAUCCAUUGUGAUUGAUAAUGCCUUUGUUAACACAUCCCAUACAUGUCAAUGUGCACAUGAAGAUCUUGUUAGAUGUCACCAGUAGCUUAUGCAUGUACAGAAGAGAAGAGUCAUUUAAUAAAGGUUUGAUUACACUUGUA